AGCCAUUAGUUCAUUUGGAAUCGUCAAGUUCAUCCAUUCUCAUAGGUCGAAGAAGGCGCUGUAAUCGAUUCUAUUCGUAGGCGAUAUCUUAAGCUUGGUCUGCAACUUCAUCGCGCUCCAAGGCCGAAAUUGCCUUCAAGCUUGUCUCUGAGAUUAUGGCAUCAACAUCGGCAACUAUUUUGUCAAAUGGAGCAACUGCAUCACUAAAUACUAAACUCAACUCAUUUUCCCAAUCAAAGUCUGCUAGCUUAAAAAUCAAUUCACAAGAGACUCUUCAGAGCUUCUGUGGCCUCAAGGCAGCUUCAUCUCUUCGUUGUGACCCAGAGUCAUCUUUCCUUGGGAAACAGAGCAGUGCUGCUCUAUGGCGCCAUCUUGCUCCAUCAUCUCAAAGAGCAAACCAGAAUGUAUGCAAAAAUCUUCAACCUCAAGCCUCUUACAAAGUUGCCGUUCUUGGAGCUGCAGGAGGAAUAGGUCAGCCUCUGGCACUUCUCAUCAAGAUGUCGCCAUUAGUUGCCACCCUUAACCUUUAUGAUAUUGCAAAUGUAAAGGGUGUUGCUGCUGAUAUUAGCCAUUGCAACACCCCCUCAAAAGUUCAGGAUUUCACUGGACCUUCUGAAUUAGCCAAUGCUUUAAAAGGUGUAGAUGUUGUUGUCAUACCUGCUGGGGUUCCGAGAAAGCCCGGUAUGACUCGUGAUGACCUCUUCAACAUAAAUGCUGGCAUAGUGAAAAGUUUGGUGGAGGCAGUUGCUGAUAUUUGUCCUGAUGCUUUCAUUCAUAUCAUUAGCAACCCUGUGAACUCAACUGUUCCAAUCGCAGCAGAAGUUCUAAAGCAGAAGGGCGUGUAUGAUCCAAAGAAGCUUUUUGGGGUUACUACAUUGGACGUUGUUCGGGCAAACACUUUCGUUGCUGAACAGAAGAACCUUAAACUGAUCGACGUUGAUGUCCCGGUUGUUGGGGGACAUGCAGGAAUAACAAUUCUUCCUUUGCUAUCAAAGACGAGACCUUCUGUGAGUUUUACAGAUGAACAAAUUCAAGAAUUGACUGUGAGGAUUCAAAAUGCGGGAACCGAAGUCGUGGAAGCAAAGGCAGGGGCAGGAUCUGCUACCCUUUCAAUGGCAUAUGCUGCAGCAAGAUUUGUGGAAUCAUCUCUUCGUGCUUUGGAUGGAGACAGUGAUGUAUAUGAGUGCACUUUUGUGGCGUCUGAUCUAACUGAGCUUCCCUUCUUUGCAUCGAGGGUUAAGCUCGGGAGGAAAGGAAUUGAAGCCUUUGUAACGUCUGAUCUCCAGGGUUUAUCCGAGUACGAGCAGAAGGCUCUUGAAGCUCUAAAGCCAGAAUUGAAGGCAAGCAUUGAGAAGGGCAUUGCUUUUACACAGAAGCAAGCCAUGACUGCUUAAAACUUUGCUUUUUCGGAACAUGCUUGAAGAGUGGCAUUGAAUCCCAAGAAUCGGUUUGCGGCUUUUCUUUUUGUUCAGUAGGUUGUAUGUAUUCAUUUUACCCCGUUUAAUGGAGAACUUUUAUUUGAGAUAUUAACAACUACUACCGUAGAUUAUCAAAAAAAUGUAAUUGUUUUAA